UGAUAGUAGGAGCUGCAUGGAGGUCAUUUUGGAGAAGAAAGACGCAGAUGACUGGGUUUACAGAGGCGAAGGAGCUGCCAAUCUUGUUCUUGCUUACAGUGGUUCCUCCCCAGAUUUUAUUGGGAAAGUAAUGCGGAUACAGAAGGCGGAAAGAAAUGGGUCCAAACGCUCGAGCAGUCCCACGGCACUGACAAUGCAUGAACGCCUCUUGUGGAAGGACCUGGAGGAUGUAGUCAGUUCCUCUAACAAAGAGCUUGCCAGCCAGUUGUAUGUGAAGCAUGUCAUGAGUCCCUUGUUGGGUACCAAGUUCGUCGAUUCUGGGAUGCAUGUCCCUGCUACCCGGGAAUUAUUGGAGACGGUGGAGAAGAAUGUAAAUUUUCAGCGUCCAGCGUCCCGAGUUGAUGCAGCUAAAGUUGAUACAGAGUGUGAUUAUGUGCUCCUCAUGUCUGAUCAUUCUAUCUUUCCUAGUGGUAUUCAAGAAGGCGAAACCUGUAUAUCUGUAGAGAUAAAGCCAAAAUGUGGAUUUCUGCCAUCUUCAGAGUAUAUAGAUGAAGGAGAUGCCAUCAAACGGAGGAUUACGCGUUUUAGGAUGCACCAAGCACUGAAGUUGCAUGAUGGAAAGGUAUCGGAGUAUAGUGACUAUGAUCCACUUGAUCUCUUCUCCGGAUCAAAGGACAGAAUACAUAAAGCUAUCAAGGAUCUCUUUGCCACCCCACAGAAUAAUUUGCGGGUAUUCGUUAAUGGUUCUCUAAUAUUUGGGGGUUUGGGUGGUGGUGCAGAAAGUACCGAUUCGGUGAUUGAGGAUAAAUUUGAAACAGCACUUGAGGGUGUCAUUCAAGGAGGUGAUGGCUCCCGUACAGUGAACUUUCUACAGCUUAUUGCUGAGAUAGUUCAUAAAUCCGGGGUGAUGGAUCAGCUCCUGGAAAUCCAGAAACUUGAUAAUCUUGACAUAGAUGGGGCUAUACAUGCAUAUUAUGACAUUAUUUCUGAGCCUUGCAUGGUAUGUACAGAGUUGGGUAGAGACAAAGCGUCAAACAGAUACUCUGCAUUGCAUUCCCUCCCUUUAGAUGAAAAGUUAAAGAUUGUGAAGGAUUUUCUGAUAGCUGCCACAGCCAAGGACUGCAGUUUGAUGUUUAGCUUUAGACCAAGGAAAGACGGGAGUAUAGGAUCUCUAUAUAACAAUGUGUACCUGGAAUCUACCAACCAAUAUUAUGACUACAAGGUGCAUUUCAUUGACCUAGAUCUGAAAUCUUUAAAGAACUUGGAAACAUAUUAUGAGUUGGACAAAAAGAUCGUGAGCUGCUACAAUGAAAUGAUGAACACUAAGGAAAGACUAAAACUACAAGUGCAGAGACUCGUCAAAGUGCGGACUGAGAUUAGUUACAGUGCCAUGGAGGAUGCUUUACUUGAAAAACUGCAUGUUCGUUGCUUCCUUAAUGGAGUUUGAAGAGAGGGAAGUGAAAAUGGAACCGACCUUGUUUAUAAGAUUUUUGGAGUUUAAGAGAGAUGAGGGGAGAUUGAUGGAACAGAAAUUUGGGGCUCCACAGGGAAAUUGAUGUAUCAACCAACUAUAGAAGGAUCCAUCAAAGCUCACAUGGCCUAUUAAUUCAUACAGCUGGAUCAACUUGUAGAGAAAAGGGAAAAAAAAUGCAGCAACUUACUCAUGGUGUUUUU